UCUUUCCCUAAUUCCCUUUGGGUCCUUAUCCUGCUCUUUUCUUCCUCCCAUUCGUCCUUUCUGACCUCCAGACCUCCGCCCUCCCCACACGUCCGAGUCCCAACUCCUGUGACCUCUCGUAGCCCAGAACCUUCCCCUUUCCCCAGCUGCGGCUUAAACUCCAAGUUCUAGAUGCAUCGGCUUUCACUAUGUUGACCCCAAGCAUCCUAAUUCUGUUUGGGAGUCAGACAGGGACUGCCCAGGAUGUGGCAGAGAGAAUCGGGAGGGAGGCCCGGCGAAAGCGGCUCCAGUGCAGGGUUCAAGCACUGGAUUCCUAUGAUGUGGUGAAUCUGAUUAAUGAACCACUGGUGAUAUUUGUUUGUGCAACUACAGGCCAAGGAGACCCACCUGACAACAUGAAGAAUUUCUGGAAGUUUAUAUUUCGAAGAAACUUGCCUCCUACCUCCCUCUGUCAGAUGGAUUAUGCUGUUCUGGGUCUUGGUGAUUCCUCCUAUGCCAAGUUUAAUUUUGUGGCAAAGAAACUACACCGGCGCCUGUUACAGCUUGGGGGUAGUGCACUCCUGCCUAUUGGUUUGGGUGAUGACCAGCAUGACCUGGGGCCUGAUGCAGUUAUUGAUCCCUGGCUUCUGGACCUAUGGGGAAAGGUUCUGGGACUGUAUCCUGUACCUUCUGACCUUAGCGUGAUACCUGCUGAUACACCUCUGCCUUCAAAGUUCAUUUUGAACUUCCAGGAUGAAACCGCAGAGAUUUCUUCUGAUGAACAACAUUCAGAGAAUCGAAGCCCCGGGGAGCUCCCUUCUGAACACAAGCCUUUCCUGGCUUCCAUGGUCUCCAAUCAAAGAGUAACUACAGAAUCACACUUUCAGGAUGUUCGGCUAAUUGAAUUUGACAUCACAGGCUCUAGAAUCAGCUUUACCGCUGGUGACAUUGUAAUGAUCCAGCCUCAGAACUCAGCCAGUGACACUCAGCAAUUCUGUCACCUGCUCAACUUGGACCCAAACCGGUGUUUUGUGCUACAGCCUCGGGAGCCAGAUGCCCCCUGCCCAAUUCAGCUGCCUCAGCCCUGCACCAUCCAACACCUUGUGUCCCAUUAUCUGGACAUCACUCGUGUCCCCCAUCGCUCCUUUUUUGAGAUCCUGGCCUGUCUGUCUCACCACCAGAUGGAACGUGAGAAGCUCCUAGAGUUCAGUUCUGCACAAGGCCAGGAAGAAUUAUACAACUACUGCAAUAGACCUCGAAGGACCAUCUUGGAGGUCCUGGGUGAUUUCCCUCACUCAGCAGCUUCCAUUCCACCAGACUACCUACUGGACCUCAUCCCCCCAAUCCGGCCCAGGGCCUAUUCCAUUGCCUCUUCAUUGUUGGCUCAUCCUCUCAGGUUGCAGAUCCUUAUGGCCGUGGUGCAGUAUCAGACUCGACUACGAAAGCCCCGCCAGGGCCUCUGUUCUUCCUGGCUAGCAUCCUUGGAUCCAAGGAAAGGACCAAUAAGAGUUCCCCUUUGGGUUCGAAACAGUACAAUGACCUUCCCUUCAGAGCCUAAUACCCCUGUGAUCAUGGUGGGACCUGGUACUGGGGUGGCCCCCUUCCGUGCAGCCAUCCAGGAACGUGUGGCACAGGGCCAAACAGGAAACUAUUUGUUCUUUGGUUGUCGACAGAAGGACAAAGACUUUUACUGUGAAUCAGAGUGGCAAGAACUCAUUCAGAGAGGCUUCUUGACACUUGUCACUGCCUUCUCCAGGGACCAGGAGGAAAAGAUUUACGUACAGCACCGUCUCCGGGAGCAUGGGGCACUGGUGUGGGAGCUGCUGGACCAGCAUGGAGCUUACUUUUAUCUAGCUGGCAAUGCCAAAUCCAUGCCAGCCUCUGUUUCAGAGGCAUUGACCUCGUUGUUCCAAUCAGAGGGUGGACUCUCAGGCCCUGAUGCUGCCACCUACCUCACCUCACUGGAGCGAACCAUGCGUUUUCAGGCUGAAACCUGGGCCUGAUGGUCUUCACGGCCCCCUUCCUCUACAGGGACUCGGGCCUGGGUCUGACCAUCCACUCUUCAGAUCUUGAUCUUGAAUAUAUAUAUUCUCCAGCCCUCUCCACCCAACCCUUGACUAGAUCUCACCAUCUUCACUUUGUCCCAAAAGCUGGAUGUUUUCCUUUACACCUGGGAAAGUUGAUCAUCUUCACUUGCUGUGAGAAGAAAAAGACUGAGGGGGUGGGGCAGGGCCAGAGUAUUUGAUUUUGUGAUUAGCUGAGGGAAGUGGGAUUGAGAUGUGAUCAACAAAGCAACAAUAAUAAGGCAAACUCAUCAACCUGCAAGGUCUUUAAAGGGAAAGGGAAGGGUUGGAGAAGACUCCAGCCUGAGCAGUUGUGCUCAAAUACACAAUCAGCCAGUGGAUAUCAACAUUAGGGCCCAGUGAAGGGAAAGUCUUAAGAGUGACGUAGGACACUGGGGACUGGUGGUUCCAUUUCUGGCUCUUAAUCACACUGGCUCUGGCCCCAUGAGUUGGACAAGGGUCUUAAGCCAUGGAGAUCCUGCUUUACCUAGAAAAUUCCUUUCCUUCAGGCUUGCUCUGAAGUUGCAGGUUUAAGAGGAACUGGCUAGGGGCACAGAAAUCUUUUCUACCACCUUCUCCUGCAAAAAGGAGAGAAAGCUGUGAAAAUGGGGGCAGUCAGGUGACUCAGUGGAUUGAGAGCUGGGCCUAGAAAUUGAAGGUCCUAUGUUCAAAUCUGGAUUCAGAAGCUUCUUAGCUGUGUGACCCUGGGCAAGUCACUUAACCCCAUUUGCCUAUCCUUUACUGAUCAUCUACCUUAGAAACUAUAUACAUCUGAGACAAAAGAUAAGGGUGUUUUGUUUUGUUUUUUUUAAUUUUGAUAGAAAGGGCAAUUCUGAUUCGGGGAGGGAGAGUAAAUAGUGAAUGGUGUAGGAAAGGAACCGGAAGAAUCAGAGUUCUUAAAACAAUCACUUAUGCUUCCAUGCACAGCUCCUAGUCCCCCAAGGCUAACCCUGAAAGGAACCUGGGCUUGGAACAGGGAGUUGCCUCAUUCUCACCUGAUUCCAGAUGCCUUAGCCCCAGUACAGGUGUGCACCAAGGAGGUACAGUCAUCUUGAGUAGAGGGCAUCUCUGCCUUCAGGAAAAGAAGGUCCCUGACCUGGGAAGAACCUUACCUGCAUUCUGGUCUGACUAGCAAGUAGGGAUUCCUUGUCCUGACUCAGCAGGGAGGGGCUAGUGCAGGAGUCCUACCUCACGACUUGGCUUAGGACAUUCCUGAGGCCCAGCAUGCUUACCAUCUCUACCAAGCCAUGGUGGAGUCAUGAUGGUUUACCACACCUCCCUCCCAGGAAGUUUUCCCAGAUGGAUCCCUGCUUUUUACAGAGAUCCCAACAUAAAAUACUGACACUGUUCUUUGGAAUCUGGCCUGUCACUUCUGAAAAACUUCAUUUCCUGGAGUUACUACCCUUUCCCCAGACUGGAAAGGAGUCCUUCAUUUCAGAGAUGACUUAGUUGGGGUUCUUUUGUAUGAGCAGUUAUUCAUUAUCUAUUGGGCAGGCAUACAGAUGAAACCAAUUUGGAGCAAGUGACCGAAAAUGCAAUUGAAAUCUGUAACAUCAAGAGGGAAUGGGUCAGUAGAGACCUAGAUCUGAAGCUGGGAGGUCCUAAAUUUAAAACUAACCUCAGUCACUUCCUAGCUUCGUAACCCCUGACAAGUCACUUAACCCCCAUUGCCUAGCCCUUACUGCUCUUGUGCCUUAGAAUUACACAGUAUUUUUUCCAAGAAGGAAGGUAAGGGUUUGUUGUUGGUUUGGUUUUUUUUUUUAGCAAGGUGUGUGUGUAUAUGCUGAUAUUGAGAACUUGAAGGAUUUUUGUAAACAAAUCCCAGGAAGUCCCAGAAGUGAUAUAGGCUAAAAAGGAAACCCUUGGUACUAAAUUGAAAUGGCUAUUUCCCCAUCAUAACCACACCCAGGAAGUGACUGGGACAUAGAGUUGGGAAUAAAACUACCACCCUGUCCCCUGGGGUUCUUUGGAGCCAGUUGUCCAGUCAUCUCAAAAACAUUCAUUGGCCAAAGUUAAGGGGUAGUAAUGUUGAUACAAAUCAACAAGACACCUACCUUCCCAUCAUCCCAGGCCUGUCUCAUAAGGCUUUUGAAAGCUGCCAUUUUUAAAUGACAUCAGAUGGUACCAGACAGUCUACAAUCUUAGACUAUAAGGAUCAGAAGACAAGAUGCUACCUAACAGAUAAGACUGUCCUGCCCUUCCUGACCAAGCUAGACUCCCAGCUACAGGAAAUAAGCCUAUUCUUACAGUUCUUUUCUAAAAGAUAAGAUGGUCAUCCUUUAUCCAGAAAGCUCUGAAAGGUAGAGUGGAAAGUCAAAUAAAUCCCUGGGCACUGCCAUGAUGAUACUGACCAUUAAUGACUACUCUUUGAGUCCAGCCAUUCAGCCAUUUCCAAAUCCAUCCAAUUGAGUUAUUCUUUAUAUAAUUCCCCCCCCCCUUUUUUUUAAUAACCCUUACCUUUUUGGCUUAGUAUCAAAUCUAAGAAGAGUGGCAAGGGUGAGGCAGUCAGGGUUAAGUGACUUGCCAAAGGUUACACAGCUAGAAAGUGUCUGAGACCAGCUUUGUCAUUCUCUUUUCCACAAGAAAAUAUAUGCCUUCACUUUCUCAGUUCACACUCAGUUCUCAAUCGUUUGCAAUUUGACUCCUAUCUCAAUAAACAUCUAUUCAGUGCCUACUAUGUCCUAGGCACUGUGUGGGGUGAAAAAAGUCCUUGUCCUUAAGGAACUUACAACUUAAUGGGGGGAAACAAAACAAAACUGAAAAGCAGCUUUGGUGGGGAGGAGAAGGUACCCAAUGAGGGGGUAUGAUGAAGUCAGAUAAGUCCCAAAGUAGAGCAGCUAGGUGAGAAACAAGGAGUAGGUGUGUCUUUGUCCUGAAAAUAUACACCCAUGUAAAUGUGUGUGACACAUGGAUCUGGUUGUGUCUUUUCCAUCCUGUCUUCCUGAAGAGUUAUGUGUAAUAAACUAUGUAACCAUUUCUGAA